AUGGACAUUUUUGAAUCUAGCCAGGACGAACAAGGUUGGGAUAACUUAACUGACCAUAAUAAAAUCUAUCAAAAAGACUUUGAUGAGUCUGAAGGAGAUCUGUCAGAAGAAGCAAAGAACUCAAUUGCUGAAGGUAUAGAAGAAGCUUCAUAUGAAAUGACCAAUCGUCAAGAAAGUUCCCAGCCAGACAGCCCUCAGCAAAGAAAUAGCCAGGAGAAUCUAGAAAACGAUAUUCAGUUUUUAGUACAGCCAGAGUCAUUUUAUGAAGAGGAUAUAGAAUCAUAUAUUGAUGAAAUAACUGGAGAAAAUUCAGAAGAUAGUCGCUUUGAUAUCAGAACACAUCAAACUACUGAAGGGGCAAUCAUUAUAUUUUAGCCAUUACAGUUUUUAAUCACAAUUUUGGGCAAGGUGAAACAAGAACUCUUCUUGAUGGUGCUCUAAGCAAAAUUAUAAAAAUCUCAAAUUCAGAGGGUUUCUAUUCUAAACCAAAGCUAGAUAUUACCCCUUCCAAAAACAGCCUCAAAAUCAUCAUCAAAUUCACCCAGCAUGCUCAAAUGCCUUUGCAAGGGAGUCUACCAAUAAAAACUCGCAAAAACCUCUCCACACUUCUCAAAACUUCAAUCUCAACACUCACCAAAACCAUCAGAUCAUCCUCCCUCUCAGAAGAACCCAGCUCCGAAAGCAACGAUUUCUUCACAGCAUCCACAAUGGCCCACCUCACCAACUAAUUCCCCAAUAUUCCUACCUUACUCACCCCAAUCUGUUC